AUGUUGAGACUUUUGAGAGGAACAGGAGCUGUUAGAGCGCUAAGGUACACCAAUGCUAGGAGUUUAAAUAGAGCUAUGGCAGGUGCUGUAGUUAGCGGCAGACACUUAGGUGGCAGAGCCGCUCCGUUGUGCCGUGCAAGCCAGUUUUCUACCACAGUGGCAAAGCUACAGUCUCAGGACAACGACAAGACCUACCCGCUGGGGUCUUUUAAAGUGGACCAGCCGCAAAUUAUGAUUGCGUUCACAUGUAAGAAGUGUGACACCAGGUCUUCUCACACCAUGUCCAAGCAGGCUUACACGGGAGGCACUGUGCUGAUUACUUGUCCCGGUUGCAAGAACAGACACUUGAUUGCUGAUCAUUUGAAGAUAUUUAGCGAUGACAGAAUCACUAUUGAAGAUAUACUGAACGCAAAGGGUGAAUCCGUUUCUCAAAGCACAGACGACUUGGUCUUCGAAGAUAUACCCGAAUCCUUGAAGGAAACCAUUGGCCACUACGCAUCAGACGCACCUGAGUCAUACAAGAAACGCCUAGAUAACGAGAAAGUACACACACUUCCACACCCUGAGGAGAAGUAA